AUGGCGUAUCCAAGCGGCUCGUCCUCCGAGGAAGAGCCAUUAGAUACACCAGACCCCAUACCGGAGGCUGAACACCAUAAUCUCUCGGUGCAUACAAGUGACAUGGAAACUCCAUCUACCAAGGGCUAUAUUAUGAGCCUCCUGGAACACACCCAAAAUAUCUUCCGAGCAGACCUGGACAUACUGAGAGAGGAGCAAACGGCAAUCACUGACUGGAUAAAUGCCACAAAGGAGGAUGUCUCUUCCCUCACACAGCACCAACAGGGCACGGUGAAGAAGUCCAGAGCCUUAAGACCACACACCAGGCUAUGCAGAUCAGACUGGAUGCCAUGGAUGAUGCGCGACGGCGCAACAAUCUUAGAUUUAGAGGGAUCAAUGAAACAGUCACAAACAGUGAACUGCCACACUUCACCCGACGAAUACUCUCAGCUAUCCUUCCCUCUUAGCAGAUUAAAAUUGGUGCAAGAAAAAUAA